GUCUCUAUGAACCUGAGUCAAGUGAAGAACAGAAAAUCGGAGCAGCAGCACAUGUGAUUGGUCGGAUUGAAAAGGAAAACAAGCAUGGAAACACGUUACGGUGGGAGGCAAAGACCGGCCAGGCGUUCACCUCUGGAGGAGUGCUUUACAGGGUCGAAGACGGAGCUCUGCAGGUCAACGAGUCCGGACUCUACCACAUUUAUUCCAGAGUGGAGCUGAUCUUUAAGGAGUGCUCGCCCUCCUCCUCGUUCGAUCACCUGGUUUUUGUGAGAAGAUCAGAACAGUCCUCGCCUCAGACGCUGAUGGAGACCCACAAGGUGGGCUUCUGCCCUCAGAGUACGGGCCGGUCCUGGACCACGGAAAGUUACCUGGGAUCUGCCCAGCAGCUGAAAAAACAUGACAAGGUUUAUGUGAAUGUGUCGCACCGCAGCUACCUUAGCCACACACAUUACGCCAACUUCUUCGGCCUUUACAAGAUCUGAAGAGUGUGGAAGUGUUCAUAUGAGGUGCCGUUUAAAUCACCACCAAUAUUUUUGUUUUAUUUAGACUUAU